AUGUCGAGUCCCGCGAAGAGGAGAAAGCUGGAUUCCGGGGAUAAGAAGUCAUCCGUACCGUCAAGGGGUUUGGAAUACUUCUUUUCCAAACAGAGACAGGGUAAUUCCUCAUCAAGCGCCGAGGUGACACCUACCGUCUCAUCAACAACAGCGCAAAGCGAUGAAGACUUCGCGCGGAAACUCCAAGCUGAAUUCGACCGGGAAGCCUUGCAAUUAUCCCAGAACAGUAACGACGUAGUAACUAAGCAACCGUCUAAUGAUUCCGCGAACGAUGAAGGACCACCCCAGCUUUCGGUGGACAGGCCGAAUGAUGAAGCGAAAUCUCCUCCGAAAAAGGUCGCAAGUACUCUGAUGCUGCAGGCUUCGGGGAUCACCGAGGACACCGUUUCUUCAACUAUUCCCCUCGAUGAAAGUCCGUUCACAUUUGAGCCGGCCAAGUACCUCCCUAGACUCCAGGAGAGUUGGGCGGGCCAGGGAGGACAGGCCUCUUACGCAUUGCUCACGAGGUGCUUCGUCCUCGUCAAUGCUACUUCAAGUCGGAUUAAAAUCGUUUGGCUGGCAACGAAUGCGAUUUCACCGCCUUACAUAUCGCUAGAGUUAGGCCUUGGGGGAUCCGCCAUCUCGAAAGCACUUAAACAAGUCUGCGGCCUAGACAACAGGACUCUCAGGAGCAUUUACAACAAGUAUGGAGAUGCUGGGGACGUCGCCUUCGAAGCGAAGAAGAAACAGAGCUUCACUUUGAGAAAGCCGAAGCCACUCACUAUCAAGGGCGUCUAUCAAUCCUUGGUUAAGAUCGCCUCUACGCAAGGCCAAGGCAGCGCCGAGGGCAAGCAGCGAAUUGUAGAUCGCCUCCUGCAAGAUGCGCGUGGAGGAGAAGAGAGCCGUUAUAUCGUUCGGACGCUCUGCCAACAUGUAAGUUAUCGUCUCGUGAGCGAAGAGCGUGUGCGGCCCUUCCUCCUCUCGAAGCCACCAAACGCGGGUUUCGAAGUUAGAGACCCAAAGGAGAUGGGCAAGUUGAAGAAAGAAGAGGUGGCCGAGAUAUGGGGUCGUGGGGAAGAGAUAGUAAAGGCGUGUUUCGCAAGGAGACCAAACUACAACGAUCUAGUCCCGGCCCUACUAGAAGUUGGGGUUUGUGAGGAGCUUCUUCUCCGCUGUUGCAUCACGCUACAUGUUCCUCUCCGACCUAUGUUGGGUAGCAUCACGAGAGAUCUUUCCGACAUGUUGACCAAGUUACAGGGACGGGACUUUGCGUGUGAGUUCAAGUACGACGGGCAAAGAGCCCAAGUGCAUUGCGACAAAAACGGCAAAGUGUCUAUCUUUUCGCGACAUCUCGAGCUGAUGACGGACAAAUACCCUGAUCUAGUCGCACUAAUUCCUCGGAUACGUGGGGAUGGUGUUGACAGCUUCAUCAUGGAGGGCGAAGUUGUGGCGGUGGACUCUGCGACUGGAGAGUUGAAAAACUUCCAGACGCUAACGAACCGAGCGAGGAAGGACGUUGAGAUCGGGUCGAUCUCAAUACAGGUCUGCCUUUUCGCCUUUGAUCUCAUGUACAUCAACGGGGAGCCGCUACUUAAUCGACCGUUCCGUGAGCGGCGAGAGCUGCUCCGCUCGUUAUUCAUCGAAGUUCCCAAUAGGUUUACAUGGGUCAAGAGCCUGGACGCGACCUCCCAGGACUCAGAAGCCGUGCUGGAAUUCUUCAAGAGCGCGAUUGAGAACAAAUGCGAAGGGAUAAUGGUGAAGGUGCUUGAUAACCUUUCGACACUACCCAAUGACGUUGACACUAUGGGCGUCGAUGCCUCCGAACCCGCCGCUGUGUCCGAACCCACGGCAGCCAAAGCUCUUCCUUCAAACGGCUCGAAUGGAAAGAAGAAGGGAAAAGGCAAAGCACCAGAUGAAGAGGAAAAGAAAGCAAAGACGCGGCGGAAGCCUGUCCUCGCCACAUAUGAACCCGAUAAACGGCUCGACUCGUGGCUCAAGGUGAAGAAGGACUAUCAUGCCAGUUUCGAAACCCUCGACCUUAUACCAAUCGGCGGUUGGCAUGGCCAAGGCCGGAAGGCGAAAUGGUGGUCACCUAUUCUUCUCGCCGUCCGAAAUGACGAAACCGGGUCUCUCGAGGCAGUCUGCAAGUGUAUGUCGGGAUUCACCGACGCCUUCUACAAGGCGAACCGCGAGUUCUACGACGAUGGGGAGUUGACCGGCGAGAGGAAUAAUACGAGUACCCAUCGGUCUGGAUUUAUUGAGUACUCUGGUCCGGAACCGGACAUAUGGUUCGAGCCGCAAGAGGUGUGGGAGACAGCGUUUGCGGACAUCACGCUGAGUCCGACUUAUACGGCGGCGCUUGGACUGAUAAGUGAUGAGAGAGGGCUGAGUUUACGAUUUCCACGGUUCAUGAAGAAGAGGGAGGAUAAAGGUAUUGAAGAAGCGAGCACGAACGAGUUUCUGGCGGCAUUGUAUAGAAAGCAGGAAGCUAGACCGCCUGCCGAGGCCUCGACGCCGGCAGAAGAAGCAGAAGAUCAAGAAUAG